AUGGGCUACACGCAGCUAGCUGAGCAUCGGAGUGGAUGUGUGCUUCCAAAGCCAGCCUGGAGCAGUGCUAUUGCUCAGCCCCUGGCUGGUGACAGUGACACUAGUCAACUUCAGAGCGAGAAGAUCCCCAGGCGUUUUGUGUUGAUCUACAAAUGAUUCCUUCUCAUCUACAAACUCAGUUAUGCAAUUGGAAUUGUGGGUUAUCUAGCCAUGAUGUUUCCCAUGUUUGGAUUUAAUUUAUUAUUUGGUAGUACUCUUUCACAGUUUUAUGACAAGAUCGAGUCUGAUGACUCCACACAAAAACUUCUGCUUUUUUACAGAGCGUCCUAGGGAUUGAUGGGAAGAGACUUUGCAGAGAUUUGUUCCGACGACAUGGCUUCCACCAUCGGUUUUUACUACAUUAGCAGCAUACCAACAAGAAAUUUGUACAAUGUCAUCUGUGCAGUCUGUGGUAGAGAAAUUUUUGUGGAUACAAAUGAAGAAGCAAUCAUUGAAAAUACCUACCAGCUGUCCUGUAAUCAUUUGUUUCAUGAAUUCUGCAUCGAUGGUUGCUCUGUUGUUGGCAAGAACCAGACUUGCCCAUACUGUCCUGAGAAAGCUGAUUUGAAGCGGAUGUUAAAUAACCCAUACUCUCUAACGCACGUGUAUGGACAAUUUCUGGACUGUCUCUGCUAUCUGGUGGUUUGGCAAUCACUUGUUAUCAGCAUCAUCCAAGGCAUUAAUUACUUACUGAGUCCAAAAGAGGACUCAGAUCAUUAG